CCAAAAUGAAUUAAAACAAUUUAAAUAAAAAAAUACAAGAAAAUUAAAAUAUACUAAAGCCACAGAGCCAGAUCAUAACCUUAAUAUUUUAAACUAACAUUAAUCAUUCAUAUUCAAAAUGUUAUUUGCUUUCACUUUAUGUCAUUGUGUCCUUUUUGACCAAUCUUCUUAUACAAAUAUUAGACCAAUAUGUCAAGUCUGCCAGGAAAAACAAUUAUACCAGCAAAGUCAAAAUUGGAGUAAAAAUGAACAAACUAUAAGUGCUUUGUAAUUUUAGGCUUGGAUUUUUUUAUUAUAUAGUUAUAUUAUAUGUUUAUUGAUAGACAAAGACAGUGAAAGGACAAAUCAAUCAAUAUUUUAUUUAUAACAGGGUUUUAUUUAUUUAUAAAAUAACACAGAUCCUCAAGAAACAGUAACAAAAACAUAGUGACAGAAAUGAACAGACCAUUUUUAUUUCUAGGAAAAUGCUUAUUACACAUAUUUUGAUAAUUUUAUGAUAAUUCUUAAAUAUGAUCCAACAUACAAAAAAUACAGUUUUACUUUAUAGUAUUUUACUGAUUCGGCAAGUGGUCACGUGACAAAAGAACGAACGACUCAAACCCGAAGACUUGUCAGAUAAGAGGUGAGCUAAUCAAGACCCAGGUAAACGAUGAAUGAAUCUUUUCUGUCUCUUAUAGCAUUACAGUUUGUAUUGUUUGUAGUGUGAUCAACGUUUGCAUAAGUAGUAGAUGUGUUAGGGAAGUAGCACGUAACAUUUUAAUUAUAUUUUGCUAAAAUGAACGAAAUGACUCGAAAAAAGAUUCGUUCAUUUUGCUGAACGAGACUCAAAGGUCCGAGUCAGUAAAAUGAUCCGAACUUCCCAUCACUACUCAGCACUCCACUAGAUUCUAGCUGUCGCUGUGUAAAUAUCAGCUCAUUUGUUUGAAAAACCGUGCAUUAAAGCUGAAAUACAGCCUGAACGAUGACAACAAUAACGUACAAUCACUAGACUAGUGAUCAUCAAAUCCUUUUAACAGUUUAUUUUACAGACUUUAAAAUAAAGUCUUUCUUCAAACCUUUUGUUCUCUAGAAACCAGGUCAGUUUCGGCUGAAAAUAUUUCAAGUUGAAGUGUUAGCAUUAUAAACACUGAAUUAAUACCAGCAUAUGAAAUUAAUUAAAUUAAUGACAGAACAAUUAGGAAUGUUGGACAAUAAAUAUAUAACAGCUUGACAGUAAACUGUUUUUGCAGUAUUGUCUUAUAUUAAUGUCCGUUAAAGGAAAAAAAUGAACAAAAUGUGUUUUUUAAUGUAUUAAUUAAUCUAGAAAUAAAUAGUGUAUGAUUAAAAACUGAAUAUUGUUUAACACCAUAAAUUCUCCUCAAUACAAAAAAUACAAAAGACAAUUUUUUUAUUGUAUGUAGUACAUUCAUUUCAUAGCAAAAACAAAAAGUAGUUAAGUGUUAGAGUAGUUAGAGUUAAGUGGGUAAAUAUUAGAGGAUUAUUUUAUUCAUUUUAAUGUGUGCACUUCCUCACGACAGCUGGACGGCAGUAAUAAAAUUAAUAAUCAUUAUUCAUAAUAGUUACUGAUUCAUAUCUUAUAGCAUUUUUCAGUGUGUUUUUAUAUCUUAUACAGAUGUGUUGUUAACUUUGUGGUACUCACAUAAAGAGAUUACAUUCUGACAUUGAUAUUGAAAUGAAUCUCCUCAAGCAGCCCAUAGAAGUGCGUCUGAACCUUAGACUGGAUCUGUUCAUCAUGUGGUUUCUCUCUGAUUGUGAAGCUGCUGCUUCUCUGAGCUGUAGAUCCUGAACUGAGAGACUGAAGAGUGUGAUUGUUCUCUACAGGUUGAUGGAUUGUGGCGUCACAGAUGAAGGUUGUGCUGCUCUGGCUUCAGCUCUGAGAUCAAACCCCUCACACCUGAGAGAACUGGAUCUGUCUGAGAAUAAACUAGGAGCGUCAGCAGUGAAUCUGCUCUCUGAUCUACUGAAGGAUCCUCGCUGUAAACUGAAAACACUGAGGUUGAGUAAGUGUGGCGUCACAGAUGAAGGUUGUGCUGCUCUGGCUUCAGCUCUGAGAUCAAACCCCUCACACCUGAGAGAACUGGAUCUGUCAUUUAAUAAACUAGGAGCGUCAGGAGUGAAUCUGCUCUCUGAUCUACUGAAGGAUCCUCGCUGUAAACUGGAGAAACUCUGGUUGAUGGAUUGUGGCGUCACAGAUGAAGGUUGUGCUGCUCUGGCUUCAGCUCUGAGAUCAAACCCCUCACACCUGAGACAUCUGAUUCUGUCUCUGAAUAAUCUAAGAGACUCAGAUGUGAAGCUGCUCUCUGAUCUGAAGGAUGAUCCACAUUAUAAACUGGAGACACUGAACUUUUAGAUGUUGGUCUGAUCUUCUCUGAUCAGCUGAUGGUGAAUAAAGAGCUGCUACAGACAGACGUCACAUUCAACAGAAUCAACACACAAACCCACAGCGAUCAUCACACACACGUGUGUUUGUGCAGCCUUCCAGAAUGAUGCAAUUCAUUAUUUGAUAUCAGACAAGGAAAACUAGUUUUUUCCUCUGAAGUGACUUUUGUACUGGUAGCACAUUUUACAUAAUAAUAUUGCCAGUUUUUUUGUGACAGUAUGUGUAUUUUCUGUUCAAUUCUUAUUACAGUAUUCUGAUUUAACUCAAUGUAAAAAAAAAAAAAAAAUGUACAUCAGGUUAAAAUGCCUUGGUAAAGUAUAAAAAGCACAACCUGCACUCUGAAAGUAAAGUUAAUUGAUUUUGUACAGUUUUGAUCAUGUUUAUUCUAAAUGAAUGAGAAUGAGCUUCAUUGCCAGGUAUGUUUACACAUACGAGGAUUUUUUUAUAGUAUAUGUACAAAAUAGCAAAAACAUGAUAUAAAAUAAAGACAAUUAUGUAUGUACAAGUAUGAUAUGUGCAAAUUUGAAAUGUAAAUAAGUAUGUGUGUUAAAUAAAUCAUGUGUAAUAGUG